CAGUUGUGCUUAUCGGAAGGUUCGGGAACGGUCUGGAGUGCGAGUGCUGGCCAGUGAUGCGACGAAGACGAUGUUCGAUAUUCUUGGUUGCGAUGGCGCUGGGGCUGUUCCUCGAUAGAUGUGCUGUUCUCCUCGUGGCUUAACCACGCCUGGCAGUGUGUACAUAACAGGCAUGCCACUGUUUUCGAAAGUUGGUGACCGACGGGGCAGGUCAGGCUGAGGGAGGAUAGCAGGUGAGAUCGUUCCGUAACGAAUGUUUGGCUCAUGGUUUUCGCUCCAGUACGUUGGCUAAUGUUUGAUUUUGAUGGCCGUGUUUGAAGACACUCGAUUGUUUUUGUCUUCUCGGUGUACGUCGUGGCCAGUUCGGUGUGGGACAACCACGACCCAAUGAUUUCGUCGGCAGUGCCAGACGCAGAGGAGGCACCUGGCACCGUGCACAUCGUAGUGUACAAGGUUGCAGGUGGCUCUGUUGAGGUGAGGUUGGAUUCGUAUGGUAUGGUUUCAGACUUGAAGAUGCGCAUUGCCGAGAUUUUGAAGGUGCCACCAGCUUGCCAAAAAUUGAUCGUUGGAGGAUUGAUCCUCAAUGAUGCGGAUGUUGUUUCUACCUAUUACCACACAUCGAACCCUGUCCUUGUUGUUUCUCUAAUCAUUACACUAGACGAGGUAACGAAAAGCUUGGAGCAUUUCGACCAUGAACGGCGCGAGAAGGCUUUGCUGGUCUUAGCAGAUUUGGGUUUACAAGGUGGUCUCUCAUCCAUGACAGCUGUACUCGGGCACCUUCAAGACAUUCACUCCAGUAUCAGAAGGGCCGCGUUGCAUGCAUUGCCCAAAGUAGUGCCGAAAGGAAAUGUAUCUGCUAUUCAAGCGCUCAAGCCUCUUUUGUUAGAUCCUGUGGUGUGUGUCAGGUGCAAGGCUUUAGAAACCUAUGCCAAGUUGGCCCUGACAGUGCCCUGGGAUGCCUUGGUACCGGAAGAAUUGCGCACUUGCCUGCAUGAUAACGAAUUUGUCGUACGCAGUGCAGCGCUCGAGACGCUGGGACGGUUGGCAUCCAAGGGCCAUUCUGAGUCGCUCCAAUUGGCGACUGAGUGUUUGCGGGACACGCAUGCGUCGGUGAGGCGGGCUGCGGUAAAGGUGCUGACCGCAGUAGCCGAGCGGGGGGAUGAGCAAACUAUAGAGACAGUGAUUUCUUUGAUUGAGAGGUCGAGCUCCGGUCUCAAGUGCGCCGCCAUGGAGGCAUUGGCAGCGAUUGCCGAGAAGGGUGAUGAGCGCGCCGUGCUUCUAAUAUGUGGGUUCCUGCAGGACCAGCAAGGGCUUGUAAGGCUAACAGCCGCAAAAGUUCUGACGAAGAUUGCUGCUGCUGGGGAUGCACGUGUACUGUCCUUACAAACCGCGGGCCUUCAGCAGACAUUAACGAUUGCAGAUGCUGUUUCAAGGCGAAUUGAGUUGGAACAGCGGUAUUACCGGACAAUGAGCAAGAUUUCAGAAGGAGUUUCCGAUCAAACUAUCAAUUGGAAUGGUUGAAGAAACUCUGAUGGCCUUGCCCAACGGCUUCUUUUAUUGCUGGUGUAGCUUGAUACUGGAGCACAAUAUAUUGGAGAUGUGGGAUUUCUCUGCCUUGGUCUUGCCCGCAAUGUCGUCUGAACUUGUAGUGUGUGCCGAAGUCUAGAUUGUCUGCAUUCGCCAUGAUACGCAUGAUGUGUUAUCUGCGAUGCUCUGCGAAAGGCAACUAAUAAACAGUGACAGGUGAUUUUCCUCUCAUGAGCUACCCCAUAAAGUUGUAUGCUGGGAUGGCCAGUGGAGAUCACAUUGUGCACGCGCAGAUCGUCAAUCGUGUAAUACUAGAUCGUGAUGCACUCUGGUGUAUACUAGGAACUGUUCGUGGUCUCUCUGGGGCAAUAUCCGUUGGACAGUUUUUAUGGGUGUUAUGACAGAUGUGGGUAUUUUCUUUGGUUUUCUUGUAAAGUAUAUUCGGUCGGUCGAAUUUUUAUCAUACGUCCCCACCACGUGGCCGUUAGUCAUAAGAUGCUACUCGCUUUAUGAGUUGUUAAAGAAGUGGGCCCACCAGUGCGAGGUGGCGUGUUCGUCUUUUUGUUGGAUUACUUGGUGGAGGUUGGUAAUUCCCCUUUCCCAGCUUGGUGGAGUAGUCGUAUAGCUUCGGCAUUGCCGCAUAUAUUGGUACGUUGUGAGGGUUUGCUGCACAUUGGGCAAGCGUUGAAAGCACACGUGUUUGUAUUGGUGGGCAUCAUGGCAGUUCUAGUCUGAGCCUGCGACGUGAAAACCGCCAGAAUCAUUGAACCAUUAUGGGAAGGGAAAGGCUCAGCUACAUGUACUUCCGUACGUGGUUUUGUGUUUGUUGUGUUGACAGUAGCGUGCGGUGCAUACGCAUUCUUCUUUUCAAAACCACACGGGUCGUCUUCUUGAUGCACCCAACACGCACUCACAUGUCGACGGAGUAGUGUGAAAGUACACAUGCUUGAGAUUUCAAUAAUUCAUAAUUGAUCUAUGUCAGUGUAGACGGUGCGAAGCGUGGACUCAAGCCUCAAAACGUGUUGAAAGUGUAUUUGUUGGUAGUGCGGGUGUUCUUUUCUACGGUUGAUCUUCGACCCAAACUAUUUCUCUGUUCCGUCGCACAAUUUGCGUCAUGGCUCUUUUUGCCCGAAGAUUGUGGGCAACCUUCUAUUCAGAACUUGGCAACUGGCGUAAGCCUCUAGGAACGCCUCCCGCGAGGGUAAGUCAUGCAUAUUAUUCCUAACAACGCUGGUUGCGGAAAUAAUUUAUUCCGCAGCAUUAUUUGGUUUGCAGCAUGUAGCAUUGUCACACUUCAGUUGCAUCCACCAUUUUCCAAGGCCAGGUGGCAAGCAAGGGUGGGGGCAAUGGGUGCGAUGGCGAGGGCGACGGCGGCGGCGACGUGACGGCGGCGGGCUGGGCCGCGAGGGCGGUGGCGAGGGCGAGGGCGACGAUGGUGAGGGCCCAGGCGGCGAGUGCGGUCCUGCGCCACUGCCCUCGUCACCCCUCCCCUCGUCGCCGCUUCCUUCGUCGCCACGCCCCUCGUCGCCGCAUCUCUCGUCGCCGCUUCCGCUGCCCCUGUCGGCCUCGUGCCAGCUGCUGCGCAUCCCGGCGGCGAGCGAGGGGG